UCAAUCUGUUAAUGGAAUAAAACACAGAUAGGAGUAUAGUGGACGCAACUUGACCCCGAUGGUUGACCUUUGUAUUAUAAUACAUAAUGAGACACAACCUAUUAUUGAAAAGGAGUGUACGUAAAACACGAGCUGCACGAGAAAAAGGAAAUAUUAAUUUAUGUAAAUAAAAAUUAGUGUAUUUGAAAGUUUUAAUUGAUCAAAUGUAAGUAUAUUUACUUUGAUACUGCAAUGUAUACAAACUUAUUCAAUAUAAAUAUACAUGGCUGCCCUAAGCACCCUUGAUUACUAUAAUGAAAUAAUCGAUAUGAAUAAUCAGCCUAAGGUCAACCAUCGCGGUCAAGUUGCGUCUACUAUAAAAGAGUUGUAACUAAUUAUAACAAAAAUCAGAAUGUUCAAGAUUCCUGAUUACUACGACAAUGUCUCAUUACGACUGUCAGAAGUAUUUGAUGAUAUUGGUGUCAAUGAGAAAACAGUGCUUAUGAGAAGACAUGAUGCAAUGCUAAAAGAGUCAUUGAUGACCAUCUCUUCCGAAUUAACAAACAGUGCUAUGUCUUCAUAUAUAUUUGGAAGUCAAAUAGAAGGCACUACAACACGAGCUUUAAACUCUGAUGAAGAUAUUCUUAACUGUUUUUCCCGAUUCAAUGUCAUAGAUGACUUAACUCGAUGGAUACCUGGUCUUCAAAAUAUGCUUGCAGUAAAAUUUGAUAAUACUUGUCCAGGAUAUUGCCUUCUACAACCUUUGAGAGUUGAUGCUCCUCUACCAUUGAGAUCUUUAUCAGAUGAACCAUUGUUGUACAAACACCUUUCUAUGGAUAAUUUUCAAAGAGUAAUUUUCAAAAACACAUGGUUGAAUGAUUUAAUUCCUGAAGGUGAGGAACGAAAUGGCCCCUCAAUCACCAGCAAACUGGAUUCAGACUUUCAUACUCAGGAUAUAGUUGCAGCAUAUCCAUAUCAUCCUUCCCCUGCUGAAGCUGGCAGCUGGUUCAAAAGUAAAAGAUCGAAAAGAUGGCCUAUUAUAGAUAUGGAAGAAGCUGUUAAAACUAAUGGAUGUUUUGUUGUUCCAGUUGGGAAAAAGGGAAGUGAGAAUGAGGAGUCUGAAUGGAGAAUUUCUACUUCAUUUGUAGAAAGAUCUCUAAUGUUCAGCUGGAAUAUUCACAAAUGAGGUGCUAUAUUUUGAUGAAAAUGAUUUUAAAAAUCAUAAAUACCACUGAGGAAUGUCACAUUACCAGUUAUAUGUGUAAAACUAUUCUGUUUUACAUCGUACAAAAUUCGCACCCUGAUUUCUGGCACAAGUGUACUUUGUUAUCAAAUUUUGCAUACUGUAUUUCAAUUUUAAAUGAAUGUAUACAGUGCGAGAACUGCCCGCAUUUCCUUAUCCGUGGAAACAAUCUGAUGGCAGGUAAAUUCUCAUCUGAAGUCAAGGUACAAUUACUUGAAAAAAUUAAAAACUUACGCCAAAACAAAGGACUCAUAUUGCUUGGUAUUCAAACAGAUGACUUGAGUCAAAGACUUCAACUUAAAUUAAGCAUGAUACCGCAGCUUGCAGAAGGUACCAUUUCCUCAAAGGAAAUAUGUCUUGUUGUUUCUUCAUUGUUAAAAAGACAAAAAGCCCAGACUAUCAGUCAAAGCUAUAACGUAUGUCUACCAAAACUGCCAGUAAACAAUGAAGAAAUGGUGGCAGGGAUUUUAUUACAAUACCUUUACCGUUUGGCAAGGUACUUCUUGGUGGGAACUACAGUGGAGCAGACCACAUGCAAACUGCUAGCACCCCUCUCUUUUCAUCAUUUGCAUCUGUUCUAGCAUCUCUGGACAUUGCAAACGACAACUCUGUAUCACCAGAAGCUUUUGAAUUGCUUUGUAUAGGUUUUAACUCAGAUAAUUCAUCUGGUAAAUUGAAGAUAGCAUCUGCUUUAUAUUGUUCAGGACAGGCUCAAAUAAGUAUUGCAAUUCUAAGGUUUAUAGCUGAACACUAUAACAGGGAUGUUAUUGAGCCUGUUUGUGGAUGCUAUCAAAACCAUAAAAGACUAUUACGAGAAAAGUUCUGCAAAAGUCCAGAUACAAAAUGUGAGCAGUUACUGAAACAAAAUAUUGCAAUGUGUGUUGUAUUUUUGCCUCAAGAAAGGAACUGUGUACCAAAAGAAUUGCAAUAUGAAAUAUAUCGAAAUACUGCAGAUGAAGAAUUUAAUAAAAAAGAUAUUGAUGAUAACUGGAUGAAUAGGGCUGUUGUUGAUUCUCUACCAUAUCUUACUUCCUGCAAUACAAAGCAUACUGCUGCCUUUCGAGAUAUGAAGAUCAAGAAUUGGCGUUGAAAAAACUUCUCUGGUCAAUCUGCAUAGAAGAAAACCUUUCUCACAAAGAAACAGCUUUAAACCUGUUAGGCCAGUGCAUGGAACAGGAAAACAGAACAAAUGAUGCCUUGAUUUGCUAUAUAAAAUCAUAUAACUUAAGGCCAAGCAAUAACGCAGCAAGAUUUCAUAUCUGCAAGUUAUUGGCCAAACAUGUCAGUUAAAAUGGUAACAGAAAUACAUGAAAAUUACCUUACAUUUGUGCAAAUUUGUGUCAUCAACUGAUAUGACAUGACAACAAUGUGUUAGUUCCUAGAAGUUGCUUUAAAAAAUAAUUCCAUUGCAGAUACUUUCAAAAUGACAAUUAUUUAAUAAAUGACUUUUUCUUACUAAAGUUUUUUGUUACAUUUUUUUAUCUUCUCAAAAAAGAUUCUUAUAUAUACAAAACACGUAUGCCCCAUUGACAGUCUGUCAGAGGCAACUUUUUAUGUGAUUUUGUAUGAAGUGACCUUGACUUUGACCUAAUGACCUAAAGACUAUCUACUGACUGAAGUUUGAAAGCUAUAAGCCCAAGCAUUCUCAAUUAAUAAAUCAGAAACCAUUUUCAAUGUCAAGGUCACUUGGCCUUGAGGUAAUGAUCAAAACAAAGUCAGUGGUUAUUGCUCAACCACAAACAAUCAUCCUAUGAAAUUUGAUGGUUGUAAACUGGAAAGUACUUUAGAUAUGGAUCAGAAACUGUUCUAAGUUUCAAUGUCACUGUGAUAUUUGACCUACUGACCUCUAAAAUAAUAGGAUCAUCUACUGACUGCUGGCUAUCAUCCUAUGAAGUUGAUAACUGUAGGCCAAAAUUUGUUUUAUCUUUUGAGCGGAAACCGUUUUCAGUAUCAAGGUCAUUUUUACCUUGAAAUUUAUCAUACUGACCCCCAAAACCAUAGAGGUCAUCUACUCACCACAGGCAAUCAUCCUAUGACCACUGACCACUGUAUGCUCAAGUGUUCUCUAGGUAUUGGUCAGUAACAAAAUAGUACUGACUGACUGACCAACCAAUUGAAAAUGAACAAAAUCUUCUUUGAAAAGGGCAUAAUAAAAACACAUAAAAGACCCCAAAAAUAUCAAUCAAAGGAAUCUGCACGUGUAUCCAAA